AUGAGCGCAAGGCAGAUCAGCAUUCACAGCGACUCCCAGCUCAUAGUAAAUCAGAUAACGGCAGACUUCGCAGCAAAGGAUGCCUCCAUGUCAGCCUACCUAUCGGCAGCCCACCAACUACUACAAAAAUUCCAGGCCUACGAGAUACGGCAGAUCCCCAGGUCGGAAAAUAGCCAUGCCGACGCGCUCUCACGAUUGGCCUCGGCCAUAAAUGACAAGAUCGGAAGGAAGGUACCGGUGGGAGAUAUUAUCCCAACCGAGUACAACCGCCGCUGA